CAUUAAUUUGUCGUUAACGCGCGCGCGUACCUGCGUAUCGGUUUUUUUGUCUGUUUGCGGCGAAAUCUCGUUAAACGGCGCGAUAAUGGCCCGUUGUGCCACCGGAAUCCGAGCCGUUCGACGAAAUAAUAGCCGGUCGUCGUAGAGCGGGCCGAGAACCGCUGACCUUACACUAAUACACCGGUACAUUACGCCGAACGAAAUAUAAUCUUCAAAUAACAAUAAUGAACCCGCGUGCACAUAAAUAUUGCUCUGCGGCCGGCACAAUACCCGUACCGUCGCCGACAACUUUACGUAGCCGCGUUGCGGAGGUCAUACCCUUGCGUCCGGACGGCGACGACGGCGACUAGGCCCGACACCGGUCGGCCAGCGUUGCGUUGUUUCGACCUUCGCGCCGCCAGUAUUCCGGGCAGGACCUUGAUCCGUUUCGUUCGCUCGCGCGCUCCCCGCGUUAUGCCACCGCACCGAUAAUAUCACCUCUGCGGGGCACUAACGUGAGAACGCCGCCGUCACCCGGGCCAUUCGCACAGUGAACGCGCUCCAGUCACGACUCACGUCACUCUCGCAACGACACGCGUACGGACAGACACACACACACGCACACACACACCAUGAGCGGAAAGUGAGUACCUACCCAGUCGGGGCCCCGCCGAUUUGGAAAAUGUCGGGGCGGUGAUUUUCGCGGGACCUCGGUAACCGUCCGUUUUUGUUAUAUUUAUUUUUCUCGGCUUUAUCAUAUUUCCCGAUACACACCGAACGCAGAUAAUUGGGUAGAUUACUGUACGAUUAUUAUUCACAGUUCGUUUAUUUUGUCUGAUUCGUGUUUUCCCAAAUGGCCGUGCGCAUAACGUAGGCCCUAUUUAGCCACGGCGGCGAAUAGACGCGGGGCCUCUGGAAGCGCCGGGGAUCCGCGCGCCUUAAAGUCGGCCCCGUGACUAUUAUGCCCGUUGCAUUCGAGCUGCCACAGUAAUAUUGUUGUUCGUAAAUCGUAAUGCCCCAUGUCCGAGGCGUUCUUAUCAGCCAUCGGGUGAUGCACGUGCCCGUGCUGCUGUGCGUCUGAUAAAUCGCACCGUUAUUAUAUAAUUUUGUUGUCGUACCGUAUUAUUGUUAUUGUAAAUGAUAAUAUUACAAUGACAUUUCGCGUAACCAAACUGAUCGCCGACAUGUCUCGCAGAUCAGACAUCGGACUCAUCGGCCUGGCCGUCAUGGGCCAAAAUCUGAUCUUGAACAUGAACGAUCACGGUUUCGUCGUCACCGCCUACAAUAGGACCGUCCAGAAGGUAGACGAGUUCCUGAGCAAAGGCGCCAAAGGCACAAACAUCGUCGGCGCUCAUUCUCUCGAGGAGCUGGUAGACUCUUUGAAAAAACCCCGCCGCGUCAUGAUGCUCGUCAAAGGUAAAUUCCGUAUUACAGAAAAUCAUAAAAUUGUUGUCCCCACCGUGUUUUCCUGAUGCUAAUUAUUGAUAUCUUUGACCUUUGUUCAUAAUCUAUUUUUUUUUAAUGGAUUUUAUGUCAGGGGAACACAUUGUAUAGAGACUAAUUACAAUUAUUGUAUCUAUUCAUAUAAAGAAAAAAAAAAAAAAACUAUUUUGUUUAUUUUCAAAAUAGUUAUUUUAUAAUAGAUACUCUAAAAAUUUCAAUGCAUCAUACAUGUAUAUAAUAUAUUUAUAUAUAUACAUACUAAAUUUAUGAAUAGUUUCUUAGUAAUAUAGCUGCUUAUACUUUUAUGAUAUAUUUUAACUUGAAACACAAUCAUUAUUAUUUUCAAUAUGCGUGUAAUUGAGUGUGUAUGUGUUUCCGACUAAAUUGAGUGUUUUUAAAAACAAUUUUAUCAUAAGUGUCUAAUUACUGGGUGUCAAACAAAGACAUACAUACAUUUGGCAAUUUUUUAAUGUGUGUAGUCAUUCAAAUGAUAACAAUUCAUCUGUUGAACUUGAUUAUUGUCAAGAAUUAUUUUAGUUUGAAAAAAUUAUCACUCGUUUGUGGUGGUUAUUACAAUUUUAUAUUUAAAAUCUACUUACACAGUAAAAAUAAUAAUAAUUAUAAUAAAAAAAUUAAUUUUACAGUGUUUCAGUCAUUUACUAUGAGAUAGACUUUUGUAUUGUUCAUUUGUUUUCAGCCCAUCUCUGAUUUUUUUAAAUCUUUGUUUCUGCGGUAAGAUAAUUGCUAUGAAUCCGAGACCAUUCGGUUUGGUCAACAUGAUAUUCGGUGUUUCUGCCAGUUUGCUGUUCAUUUCCACCAACUUACCUGGAAUCGGUGACAGUAUUUUGUACUCUUCUCCGUCAGUACAAUGGACUUUGCACAGAGUGGACCCCUCUUGUACAAUUUGAGCUCCUCGUUUUCCUUUACCUGUCAUUAUGUUACUCAAUCGAUCGGUGUUCCCCGAUACUUGAAAAUCUAUUUUGUCAAUAGUUUUUCCGAUCAACUCGUGUGUAGGUGCCAGUGACAAAAUACACAGAUUAUUGGAAUGGAUGAGUACGCUGUAGUCUUGAUUAGGUUUGUUGUUGACGUUUGUGGCAUACCUAGAAUCAUAGUAACGUUGAAUGACCGAUGGUGGAGUGUGUUUAGGUAUCUCGACACUUUGUUCUAUCGAUGCAUAUUGGGCGGCGUCCGAUUCAAGUUCACACAACUGAUGCAUUCUAUUACGGUGUAUAGGAUAUAAAAACAAAAAUUAAAUUUUACGUUUUAAUUGGAUAAAAUAUAAUACAAACCGUUCAGGUUGAAUUAUUUGAUAAAAAUGAACAGAUAAAUAAGUUUAAAUUUUCGUGCACAAAAACGUGUUCCUGAUAAAGUGUUAUCUAAACGCAGUUUACAAAAACAAUGGUACCAAUCUAAGUGGCGUGAUACACAUUGUCACCAACUGAUAACAUUUAAAAUAUUAUUUAUUGCCUCAUUUUUUUUUUAAAAAAUUGCAUUUUUUUUUACUUUUUGAUAAAACAGAUUUAAUUAGUGGAAUAUAUGUUUUUUUCAAUGUGAAAUUCUUCAAAAAGAAAUAGUACCUACCCUUAUUUUAAAAAGUUUAAUCCUCCAGUUUAAAGUCUCUUGAUAAUUUCAAAAAUUGUUGAGAUAUAUUAUAACCAUAUUAUUAUCUUCAAAAGAUGUUUAUUCAAUUAUUUGUUUGUAUAUUUUGUGUUAAACACUAAAUAUAUUAAACUUAAAUUGUGUAGAUAUCAAGAUAUUUUUUACUUAGUAUCAUAAUUAUUUUAAUAAAUUAAAUAUUGUGAUUUGUGAUAUUUAUACUCUUAAUAUUAUUUAAAAUUUAGCAUAAAUUUAAAACAUUCAAAAUAAUGUUUUAAAAAAAAAAAAAAAAAUGUAAUUUGAUACAGUUAUUGAAAUUUUUUAGCUGGAAGUGCUGUUGAUGACUUUAUCACCCAACUCGAACCUUUGUUGGAGGAAGGUGAUAUUAUUAUUGAUGGUGGUAACUCUGAAUACCAAGAUACCCAACGCCGGACUAAAUCACUUGCCCAAAAAGGCUUGUUGUUUGUCGGUUCAGGUGUAUCUGGAGGUGAAGAAGGAGCAAGAUAUGGUCCAUCAUUGAUGCCCGGAGGAAAUCCAAAAGCAUGGCCAUUUAUUAAGAACAUUUUCCAAGUAAGUACUUUUCAAAUUAACAUUUUUGUAUUUGACCCCAACUCAGGUUUAUGCAGUCUAGUAUAUAGUAUGGUACCUAAAAACUUUAAAGUAUUUAAAUCUUUCAAUAAUUUUAAUAAAUUUGGUAUCUAUUGCAGUCUAUUGGUUCCUGAAAAUUUGGUCAUAGUCAUUUUAUAUUAUCUAUAUAAAUCUAUUUACGCAAAACAAAUUAGUUAUAGUUAUAAUUGUACAGCUAUGCAAUAUAAAAUAAUGUUUUACCUUUAUUUAUAUUAUUGUAUAUAUAAAAAAAACACCUAUAUUUGAAUGGUACAAGACAUUAAGACAUGAUUUCUAACAUGUUUCAAGUUUCAAUAAUGUUGAAUUUUGAAAUCUGAGCAAAAAGAAUCUUUAAAAAAAGAAUUUCCUAGAAAAUUUCGGGUAAGGGUUAUUUUACUUAAAGAAGUAUACAAAAAUGUGGUUUAUCUAUGAAAUGUAGGUAAAAUCCUAAAUUUUUUUUUAAUAUUUGCAAAUUAUAUGUUUUAUCUUUGGUUCCAAAAGAUUAUGUUGUGAGUUAGUUUAAAAAGCUCAGUGUUAUUCCAUUUUAUCAUAAAAUUAAACAAACUUUAUUCUGAAAUGUAAUAAAGUUUUUCAAAAGAAAUAUUGAAAAAGAAGUCUGAUUGGAAAAUAAUUAAAAAAGUCUCAAGAUUUUUUGAAAUUUCCGGGAACUGUUUCAAGUUAUAGCAAUAUAUAAUUUGUUUGAAACCAAAUAAUUCUGUUGUAGGAUGACAUUAUAAUGGUUUUAAUUAAAUGUUAAUUUUUUUUUUUUUAUCCAAAUAUUUAACAUUUUACAACAUUGAAAUGGUACAAAAAGAGGAAAACUAAAUUUAUUAAAAAAUUGUUAAAAUCUUGACAGGGCCACAAUCUCAAAAUAAACAAAAUAGUACAGAAAGAAAGAAUAGGUACACAAAUUUACAUUAAGCCUGGUUCUGAUAAUGUCCUGUAAAGUGUUCAUUAAUAAUAAUUGUGAGUUAACCAACAGAAGUUUAUCAGUUUUUGGCAAAUUUAACUGCCGGUUAUCUCUAACCGGACAUUGCAAGAACAGGCUUAAGUUUCAUUGACUAUAAUUUGACAUAAUAAUAAUAGUUAUCUGAUAUUGCUCAUAAAAUCAUAACAAUCAUUACUUUAUUUAUCAAUUAGUUUGUAAAUAAUAAUAUUUAUAAAUUUUAACUUGUAUUAUUAGCAUUGUAAUUAUUAUUGUAUUGUAAUGAAUUUUUAUCUGUAAUUAAUUUAAUAUAAUUAAAUAAAUAUUUAGAUUGCAGCCAUCAACUUCUUAUGAUUAUUUUAUUUAUGACUAAUAAUAUAUACUCAAUUACAAAUAAAAUUUAACUCAUGAUCAAUGUAUAUUUGUGACCAAUUUGAUACUUAACGUAUAAUGCACAUCCAAAAAAUGUAUACUAAUCAUUUUUUUAUAUUUUAACGUUAUGUUAAACUGUUUCUGAUUAGUGUGAAAGUACAAUUUACAACUAUUUAUUUUAGCACAUAAAUUUACUUAAACCGAUGACUGAAGGGAUGUUUUAUUUAUUGUUAAUUUUUAAUUUAUCAAUUUUAUUAAAAGUUUAUUGUGUGGUGAAAUCUUUGUUCAUUAAUCUAAAAUGAUUUUCUAUUUACAUCUUGUUCUUUUUCCUCAUUUUGUAUGGUUCUUGGUACCUUCUUAAAAUGUGUUGUUUCGAUGGACCCCCAUUCCAUUUUUACCACUUAGUUUAAUUAGUUAUAAACUUCAAUUUCUAAUACAAUUAUUUUAGUUUUAAAUUAUAAAAUAUUUUAUUGUAUAGUGUGUACUAUAUAAUUAAUGUUUUCUGAUAGGCUUAGUUUGUGUUUAUUUAUAAAUAAAUAAAUAUAUUAAUAUUUUCCAGUAGCUUAAGACUUUAAUCGUUUGAAGGUUAGAGAAGUUGUUCUUAUUCUUUGUUAAAUCUGGCCUUGUUAUUGUUCAGUUUAAAUAAAAAAAAAAAAAGGCAAUAAAAAUUAAUGUUAAAAUUUUUAGUCAUGCUAUAUCAUAAUUCAUUUUAUUAAUAAUAAUUAUAUUAUAGUACUAACUAUUAGAUUAGGUACAGGGUUACUCUUGGAUGUGUCAUUUUAUUAUUAUAUCUUAUACAAUGCCUAAGGCAAUUAUUUAUGUAAUUGAUAUAAUAAUAGAACUACUUUCACUUGGAUUCUUAUAUUAUUGUAAAUAAUUCUUAGAUUAUAAAUGUAUAAUUUAUAAAAUUAAUUUUCAGAGCAUUGCUGCUAAAGUCGAUGGUGAAUCUUGCUGUGAUUGGGUCGGUGAAGAUGGUGCUGGUCAUUUUGUUAAAAUGGUUCACAACGGUAUUGAGUACGGAGACAUGCAACUUAUCUGUGAAGCAUACCAUUUGAUGAAAUCUGCUUUAAACUUGAACAACAAAGAGAUGAGUUUAUCUUUUGAGGAAUGGAACAAGGGUGAAUUGGAUUCUUUUUUGAUUGAGAUUACUAGAAACAUAUUGCAGUAUAAAGACGACCAAGACGAAUAUUUAGUGGAAAAAAUUCGCGAUUCAGCUGGCCAAAAAGGUACAGGAAAGUGGACUGCUAUUUCUGCAUUGGAUUAUGGUGUACCUGUUACGCUUAUUGGAGAAUCUGUGUUCGCUCGGUGCUUGUCAUCUUUAAUUAACGAGAGGGGGGAAGCUAGUAAAGUACUUCAAGGACCAACAGAAAAGUUCAGUGGAGAUAAACAAUCUUUCCUUAAAGAUAUUGGAAAGGUAAUUUGAUAAUAUAAAAAUUACUUAUUAGAUAAGUAACCAAUAUUUAGUAGUUAAAAAAUAUUAAUUUAUUGUAUUUUUUGUCAGGCAUUGUACGCAUCAAAAAUUGUGUCAUAUGCUCAAGGGUUCAUGUUGAUGCGUGAAGCUGCUAAAUUACAUGGAUGGAACUUGAAUUACGGAGGAAUCGCACUUAUGUGGCGCGGAGGAUGUAUUAUUAGAAGGUAGUGAUGUGUUUUUUAUUUUUAUAUACUAUUGAUAUUAUAAUAUCUAUAAUAAAUAAUAUAGACAUAUUGAUAUAGUAUCUAUAUUAGAUAAUAUAAUAUUACUGUACAAUAACACAGAAAUGAUAAUAUUUUAGCGCAUUUUUGGGGAAAAUUAAACAAGCGUUUGAACGUGAUGCAAAUUUAAAGAACUUACUGCUCGAUCCAUUCUUUAAAGACGCCGUACAUGACAGUCAAGUUGGUUGGCGUAAAGUGGUAGCCUCUAGUGCUAUGUUAGGAAUACCUACUCCAGCUUUCAGCACAGCCUUGGCGUUUUACGACAGUUAUAGAAGUGCUAGACUUCCAGCCAAUCUAUUACAGGUAAAUUCUUUCUGUAUUUUGUGAUUGGUGUUUUUGUAAAAAAUGUUGAUUUUUGUUUGACUAGGCGCAACGUGACUAUUUUGGUGCUCAUACGUACGAGUUGUUGACUGCGCCUGGAAAAUACGUUCAUACAAACUGGACCGGUACUGGUGGUGAUGUGUCGGCUAGUACUUAUAAAGCUUAAAUGUACAAUUACUGACGAGUUGUAAAUUAUUUAAAUUAUGGGGACCAAACGUGCGGAAUGGAUUUAUAAAAAAUAUAUUAUGAGUAAUUACAUAUUUAUUCAGCAGUAUGUAUUUUUUUAUAUUGUUUAAAAUUCUAUUAAAAUACGAAAAUAUUAAUUAUUUUAAAAGUUAAAUUAUAUAUAAAAAAAAUUUGUUAUAUAUAUUUCUGUUAAUGUGUUGUAAAACAUGGUUAUUGUUUCUUGCCAUUAUGGACAUUUUUUCAUCAUGUUUUUUGUCACUGUUAAAAAUGUAUUGUGUUGUCUUUGAUCAUUUUUGUUAAUGAAAAUAUAAUAGAUUUGUACAAAAAGUGUUGAUUUUUAUUAAAAUAUAUAUUAUAUUUAUACAUAUAUAUAUGAGUUAUGUUAUGUUAUGUUGAGAUGACCCAGACUAUAAAAGUUUUGAAAUUUAAAUUGUGCUUUUUGUUUUCAAAUUGUAAUUUCUUGAAUUACACAACAAUACAAAAAAAUUUAUUCUAACAGC